AUGUUUCCAUCGAUGGAGUUUAUGAAACCUUUAGGCAAAGGUUCGUAUGGUUCGGUCGAUCUCGUCAGAUUCAUGAAACCAGACGGCUCGAAUCCGUACUACCAAGCCGUGAAAACCUCCUACCCACAAGACUUUGAACCUCUUCUCAAAGAGUUUCAGAUUCUGUAUAAACUCAGAGAAUGCCCUAGAAUCGUGCAAACUUGCGGGACAAGUCUGUCGAGAGGUGUCAAUGAUUACGGAAUCAGAGUGUAUAGAAUGUCAAUGGAGUAUGCAGCUGGUGGAAGUUUAACUAAUCUCAUGGAAACAAAGUCAUUGUCUGAUUCAGUAAUCAGAGACUUCACUCAUAUGAUUCUUGAAGGACUUGUCUCUAUCCAUAGUCACGGUUAUGUUCAUUGCGACCUCAAACCUGAAAAUAUUCUCGUGUUUCCUCGUACUAGUGGGUGCAACGUUUCAUACGAAUUGAAGAUUUCGGAUUUUGGAAUGGCGACAAAAGUUGGACAAGACUCGGAGUUUUGGGAAUAUGAUUCUCCGUACUUGGGAACGUCUCUUUACAUGUCGCCUGAAUCUGUUCAAAACGGGAUAGCAGAGGAAGCCCUAGAUUUGUGGUCGUUAGGUUGUAUCGUGUUGGAGAUGUACACUGGUGAGCCUCCAUGGCCGCUCGAAGAUUCUAUGAAUCUUUUGUCUCUUUUGUUGAAUGGUAAUGCUCCAGAGAUACCAGAGUCUCUUCCUUGGGACGCAAGGCAGUUUUUACAAACAUGUUUCGCUAGUAAUCCAUUGGAAAGAGGAAGUGCUUCGGAACUACUGAAACAUAAGUUUCUACAUAAUGUUUCCGAUCAUAAGAAGGUGAGGGUGUUGAAGUCUAAGCAUUUUUCGAAGAAGGUACUAAAAGUGAAGAUUGUUCCACCAAAACCACCAAUGUUUAAGAAAAUUUCGAAUAGACCUAUGAGGUUGAAGAUUAUACCUCCCAAACCCCCAGGAUAG